GCUGCAGCACCAGUCCGUCUGUUUCAAAGUAGCCUGCGAUCUGGAGGCAGCACCUGAUGAAGCCAACAGUACCACAUCAUCUGCAAAAUUCAGAGACAAGAUGCUGGCAACGCCCAGAUAAUCUGCCCAUCAUCGGUGACAAAGGGCGUCCUAUGCGGAGCCCAGCACCCACCGUGUCCCACUCACUGCCAGGAAUGUGGACCACACCUCACAGCAUACCCGCUGUGACGGGGUCAUGGAGGUGUCGUCGCACAGCCUCUUCCUGCUGCAGCAGCUCAACGUGCAGAGGGAAUUCGGUUUCCUGUGUGACUGCACCGUUGCCAUUGGAAACGUCUACUUCAAAGCUCACCGCGCUGUGCUGGCCGCCUUCUCCAACUACUUCAAGAUGAUCUUCAUCCACCAGUCCAGCGAGUGUAUAAAGAUCCAGCCCACGGACAUCCAGCCGGACGUCUUCAGCUAUCUUCUGCACAUCAUGUACACCGGUAUGUGUCCCAAACAGCCGGUGGACCACAGCCGGCUGCAGGAGGGCAUUAAGUUCCUUCACGCCUACCAGCUGUGCCGCAAAACUGGAGAGGGUGCUGCUGAGACUGCCAACAACGUGGUCCGCAUGUCCAACCUCUAUGGCAUUCAGAUCUCUUCCCAGCUGGCCAGCAAGGAGGGACCCGGAGUCCCCAAGACCACCACGGUGUCCCGCGGGGCCGAGGAUGGGCGAUCCUCUGACCGAGGGGCCCGGUCUCACUCCCAGCUGUCCCUUGCUGUCGGACUCGAGGGGGUAUCGUCGGACCAUCAGGCCUCAGCGCUACGUUGCUCUGUGGCAUCCGGAGACGAUUCUGACAUCUCAACUACCCGUGUCAAGCAGGAACGCUUAGAGGAGGAGGAGGACGGUGAGGAGGGUCCAGGUGCAGGGUCUCCAAUUCAGGACAGCAGUCCCAUUCAGGGCCUCCUGUUCAAAGACCGGCCGCUAGUGCUGCUCUGUCCCCGCUGUGGAGAGCGCUGCUCCUCCCCAGAGGGCCUGCGGGAGCACCUAUUUAGCCACGCCCUUGACCCCGCCCGUCUCAUGGAGGGGCUGUCACAGGGUGGUGAGCUGGAUGCCGGCCUAGAGGAGGGUCCUCCAGGAGCCCAGGAGCAGCUGGAUGCAGGAUGUUUAGAGGAAGCACUGAGACAGAGCCAGGCGCUAGCCAACCAGCUGGCUGCUGAGCUGAGGCGGAGCCGAGGAGGUGGUGGGAGCGGAGGAGGGGGGAGUAGCCCCGCCCCCUCCCUGCACUCACGCAAACGUAAGAUCGCCUGCGCUGUCUGCAGCUUACGCUUUUCCCACAAGAGCCAGCUGCAGGAGCACAUGUACACCCACACAGGCAAGCCGUCCCGCUACCACCGCUACAACCGCCUCUGCAGCCAGCUCUUCCAGGCCUCCGCCCACUUCUGCGACAGUGCUGCUGAGCCUGGGGGAGGGGCUGGGGGUGGAUCCUCAGUGGGCACCCCCAUAGCUCUCUCUGAGGAGCCCAACAGGGACACUCAGGACAAUGGCAGUUCCUGCUACUCCCUGGACUCUGAGAUCUCCCAGGAGAGUGUGGACGGCGUUCCGGUCGAGUGAUGCCAUCUGUUAUGAGGGAUGUGAUUGGACGGAAUAGUAAUUUCCGCAGGUGGUGGUGUUCUGAGUGUUUGAUCUGUACCUGUUUGGGAGUAGGGAUGGGUAUCGUUUAGGUUUUAUCCGAUACCGGUGCCAAACCGGUACUUUUGAAACGGUGCCGGUGCUUAAACGGUGCUCAAACCGGUGCUUAAAGAAUGGAGAA